AGAGGCAGUACUCACAUUUGCUGAACUGUAGCACACAGGGUCUGUGGUGGACUCCUGCAAGUCCACAUUUUUUUUUGUUGUAAACUGUGAUUUCUUUUGGAAGUUUGAAAGAAAAGAAGAGGCAGAGAGAAAAAAAAAAUAGUUUUGCUCAGGCGACGCCGGGAACAGCUAUGAACCAUAUCUAUAGCAAUCAGUUGCAGCAACUCAGAGGGUCAGGAUCUACAAUGGGCCUGAACAGUAGUUCUUCAGUGUACCUAUAUGGAGGGGACAGUAGGAUGUUCCCUUCCUUGGGAUUCAGUGGAAAUAACGUGAUGGCCAGGCACGAGCCUCCUCAAAAGCCUCCAUACAGUUACAUUGCCCUGAUUGCCAUGGCUAUCAAAAGUGUCCCUGAACAGAGAGUGACUUUGAACGGCAUCUAUCAAUUCAUCAUGGAGCGCUUCCCAUUUUACCAUGACAACAAGCAAGGAUGGCAAAACUCCAUCAGGCACAACCUCUCACUGAACGACUGCUUUGUCAAAGUCCCCAGGGAGAAGGGCAAACCUGGAAAGGGGAGUUACUGGACCCUGGAUCCGAGAUGCACGGACAUGUUCGAAAAUGGCAACUACAGGCGGAGAAAAAGAAAGGCCAAGUCCCAAGGAGCUCAGGAGCAGAGGGAAGGGAAGAGGGCCAAAUCAGAAACUGGUGAAGAGUGCACAAAGGCUGACGAGUCUCCCAAGUCUGGAUUUGACCAUGACAUCAAACCAAGACCCAACUCAUCUGACCCGGAGAACUUCAAACAAGCAGGCGAUUCGUCAGACAGAGCGCAUUCAGGAAAUUUGAGAACUCAAAGCGGCGGGAAAAAACAAAAUGAUUGCCAUCCUGAGUUGGCACCGUCAAGCAUCGGGGGCAAAAGUGUCAAGGCACUGAGGUGUGACGAAGUAACAUUCCUUUAUCCGCCUGCUGCGGAGUCUAUUGACCAGGCGGUGACCCAUCCAGUCCAACGUGGUGUGUGGACCAACCCUUCUUCACCAGCUCUUCCGCCUCCCGUGCCCUUCCCUCCUCCAACCGCUACCUCUGGUGCAUUUGGAUUCACGGCCUUGCCAGGGCAAGUUGGACCCACAGGCCCUUCCAUGAAGGGGAACCAAGGUGAGGAGAUGCCAGGAAGGGCGACGAAGGCAGAUUCGCCCACGCCAGCCGAGCCAUCUUCCAGUUCUCAGCCGUCACCUCGGGGUAUCAACUCAGCCCGGGUUGUGAGAACCCCGGGAAAUCAAGCACUGAGCUCCCCCUCAGUGGUUGGAAACAGCAGCCAUCAGAACAGAGGACAGAAAGCUGGAAAUAGCUCCAACUCACACAGUGCACGGUCCAAGAGCUUUAGCAUAGAAAGUAUCCUAUCCAGGGAAAGCCAUCACAGCGACAAUAGUUGUGAAAGUGACCAGCUUGAUAAAAAUUCAACUUCAAAAGUGAAUUUUACAAACCUACCCAAUAGAUGUUUCGGCAAUUCGCUUUUAGAUACCUCGACUAAAGUCUACGCCGCUUUAAACACUUCUUUGCCGUUUGAUUCACAUCACUUACCUGGUAAAUAUUAUCAAAUCGGUUUUCCUUUUUACUCGUACCUUCCCUUAACCUGUUCAGAAACAUGUUUCAAUUUUAAAUAGAUCAGUAAUUUAUCAAAAAUCACCUGAUCACCUUCUAUGGUACGACAAUAAAUAUUUGACCAAAGCCUGAAACAUCUGUCGGAUGACUUAACGUUUUUAUUGAACUUUUUGUGAAUUGAAUAUUUAAACACCUACAGUGUGGAGGUAGAUUAAUUUUACGAGAAGCGAUGGGCUAAUUGUUUUCAGCAGUUAAAACAGACCCGUGGCUAUGAACCCCCUUUUAUCAUCUAUUGGGCGGGGAUUUUUUAUAAAACGAUCUCUCCAUUUAUGUGGCGCCCGAUCAUGCCUCAGAAGGGGUUUCACAUACAUUGAAACUAAGUCGAGUUAAACGGGGUAUCGUUUUAGCUUCUGCAUCCAGAGCAUUUAGAUGAUACAAAUCUCAUUAGCUCACCAGUAAACGUCUCGCUUGCUUAAGCCAGCACAUCCUGAUAUCAACCAUUAUAUGAGAUAGACCCCAGCUGUAUUAAUGUAUAUCUGGGCGAAAGCAGUGUCUUUAUUCCGUACAGUCAAGUUUAGUUUUAUUUCCCUACCAUCCCGCACGCUAAAGAACGCUUCAUUUCUUGCAGAGAACUUUUGACGUCUAGUGUAACUUCUGUUUACUACACUGUU